UCCAGGCUUGCACAGUAGUUCACGGCGAAGUACUCGAUGUUCUUGUAUUUUUUGGUAGGCUGUGUUAAUGUGAGCAAACAUUUAAAAUGCAGGACGCGUUGGAGGAAGAGCAAGUCAAGUCCAGGCGUGUCUGCAGCGUGGGCUCAACAAUACACUCGCUUUAAACUUUACACCUGCACUGCUUUGUCGCUUUCACAUUUAUAAUCAUUUCUGUUUGACGGUCAUGUCGCGCUGACAAGCCGCUGUCACUUUCGAUAGCAGUUAAAGAGCAUGUGAAGCGAGCUGGUCGGACUCAGACAUGGAGGCACCUGAAGCACACUCGGAGACUAAAAACACAACAGAGGGCUGUUUCCACAGGACUUUCUCGGCUCUAACCGUGGACGAUGUGUACGAGAUAGCUAAACUAAUCGGCACUGAGGUGGAGAAACUUAUCGACGGCAGUGGAAAAGAGAGCGUCGUGGGUUUGGUGCCGAAAAUAGUGAAAGUGCUGGAGCUGCUGGAGAGCUUCGCGUCGAGGAACCAUGCUCACAAACUGAGGGAAGAGGAGCUGCUCAAGACCUUCGAGACCAUACAGCUACAGCAGCAGAAGAAACGCGUGGGGAAGGAAAGCGAGGAGGGCAUCGAUAAACAUGAAAUACGGCAGGAACUGCAGCAGAAGGAGCAGCAGUGGAGGAAGAGGUGUGAGGAGCUGCAGGCGCAGGUGCAGCAGCUGCAGGAGAACAGAGAGGAGCUGCAGAGCAGGCUGAGGGGCAGCCAUGCACAGGAGGACCGUGUCCAGCGGCAGGAGCGAGAGGUGAUGCUCAAGUUGAAGGAGGUGGUAGACAAGCAGAGAGAUGAGCUGAGGGCAAAAGUCCAGGAGAUAGCUACCAUUUCCAAAGAGGCGGAGGCGCUUCAGGAGCAGUUGGAGCGCUUCAUGAAGAUGAAUGCAGAGCUGCGACACAAGCAGAACGUGCUGCAGGCCCAGCUGAAGAGCACCGUGGAGAGGAAGGCUGACAUGGAGGCCGACCUGAAGGAGAAGAGCAAAGAGAUAGAAAACCUCCAGACACAGCUGGACAGAACCAACAGCAACGACCCUGUAUGGAUCACUUCCAGUCCAAGUCAAAUCGCUCGUGAGUCCAAGAAAAAGUCGACGGUCGAUCAGAAGGAUCCCGAUCAGCCGUGCUUCACCAAGAAGGAGGUGCGUGACAUCAUUUUUGAGAGGAACGAGCUCAAAACCAACCUCUUCCUGGUGCAGGAAGAGCUCAACUACUAUCAGAGGGAGAUCCUGAGUGAGGAGAGGUGUCCAGGUUUCCUAUUAGAAGCUGUCCGCUCUGCCAUUAAUAAAAGGAGAAAGCUCAUUAAGGCAAAGAUGCUCGGGAUUCCUGUGAGCGAAUGCAGCAGCAGUGAUGAGGAGGAGAGGAGCUCUCUGUUCGGGCAGACAGAAGUAGAUGGCGCUGAAGUUGACGGCACGGACAAACCAGCUGACUCACGCAUACGAAACCUCUUUGGCUUCCUGACGCGGUCAGGCAGCGGCCGGAGCCCCACCCACAUGAGCAACUCCGCCUCCAGCUGGGAGAUCAUCGGAGACUCAGAGGCUGCGGAUGAGACGGGGCAGCGACCGCCCCCCUGAGCCCGGUACGGACCACGAGCUCACACUGUUAGACGCCCUUCUUCCCUCAGUCACAACUUCUUCCUCAGUUUGUAAAAGAAGGUGUGGUUGUGACUCAGGCAAAAAUUACAAGGACAUUAGGAGCUCAGCCUCAGUGUACAUUACAAAAAGGCAUUAUGUGAGUGUGGAGAAGAGAACGUCUGAACCUUUUUAAACAACUUUCAUUUCCUUUUGCCACUCCUGCCCUAAAUCCCCCUAUUUUUCCACAGAAGUGAUGAAUAAGUACAUAAAGUAUGGUACUACAGUAUAAAUGGUACAGUGUACCACAGUAUUAAGAGGGAUACUUUUUAACUCACCACAUUUUAUCCUUCAUCAUAAGGAAAGUGAAAAAAUGUUUAUUACUUAUAGAUAUUUAUAUAGACCUGCAAACAUUCUCAUCAAAAACCAAAGACAUUACAAGGUUAUAUAUACUGAAGUGAGACUUUCCCUUCUAGUUACAUUUAAAACAGUAUAUUAAGUUCACCUCUGAUCCACAAGAGGGUGUUGUUUCAUAUUACAGUUAACGAUCAAGAUUUUACCACAGAUCUGUAACUUUUACCUCUGUAGGGGAAUUUUUAAGCCAUGUGUGUAGUCAUGUAUUUUUUCAUGAUUUGAAGCACUUUUAUUCUCAAGGACAAGAAAAGAAAGUCAUAUUACCAGUCUCUUCCAGCAGUGAGUGCAUUUUAAGCCCUUACGCCUUAACUUACUGUUUUAUUGUUAAAAUGAUAUUUUCUUAGUUUUUAGUCAUUGCACAGAGCCAAAGCCUUUGGCUGGAGGGUGUUUGAUGCUGAUGCCACAUGUCUGCAUGUGUGUAUGUGUGUGUAAGCACAUGUACUCUGGCUGGUGUACCAGCUUCUUACAAUUGGUUGUUUAUAUCAAAGGAGCAGUGUGUAGGAUUUAGUGGCAUCUGGUGGUGAGGUUUGCUGAUCCCUUUGUUUCCAAGCCUGUGGUGGCCUUCAGGUAGUGUAAAAGCGGGGGUGACCCUAUUUAGAGCCAGUGUUUGACAGCCCUGGGCUACGCUACUGUUGAAGAGCAUCCACUCCAAAUGUAGAUUAAAAAAGGGCUCAAUUUAAGCAAGGGUUCUUAGUUUCAGGUGAUUAUACACUAAUGAAAACAUGAUUAUGAAUAUUAUAUUCCACCUCUGCCAACAGACCCUCCUAAAUACGACACACUGCUCCUUAAAAGGAUGCCUAUCAGCUUUCUUGUGGAAGUGAGAAAUGGCAUAAUUUUUUUUUGUGUUUUUGUUUUUUUUAAUUUCCCACCGUUUUUAGCUGACAAGUUACUAUAAAGUAGGACUGUCAUCUGGCCCAAAAAAUCCGUCCCAACCCUACAUGAACCCUCAGAGUUGCUGUCCAAGCACAACCGGAACUCGAACCACAGCAGCAGUUUUCGGCCCGAGCCUGAGUAUAAAAAAACAUAACCUUUCUAAAAAUAUAUAAAAUAUGAUAUUUUAUUUAUAAAAACAUUUAUGACAAGAUUAAGUCAAUUUAAGUUUUUUCGAGGUGCGUUCGUACAUAGUCACUCUGAGCACCAGAGUACACACUAACACAAACACAAGGGUUCAUAGUUUUGGGCACGUUAGGAAUAUGCCGUUUGGGUAGAACAACGAACUUUCAGGGCGGCGCAGCAUACUCUGGAGAUGGAGCGGCAAAGUGCCAUGCACAGUGAAAGCCAAACUUAACCAUUUGUGAAUUCAUAUGAAAAUAGAGCGCUCUAACACCGGGAAAUCAGUGAGAACACAACCUGAUUCAAACCCGGGCGAAUGUUAAGAAAUUAUGGCGGUUUUGGGACAGACCCAAUCAUGUUCAGGCAGAGAAUCAAAGCUCUACCAUUAGAUAAUCACAAUCACUCUGACUGAUCUCUCUUUUGCUUCUAAACGUCUGACUUCUAGACUACUCAAACGACAGAUCAGUGGUAUAAAUGUUGAGAGACAGUGAACGACCUUCCAGUCAGAUCAUGUUUUCUUAAAACAUUGUGUUUGGAAUUUAUUUUUGUAAGCAUGUUUUUGUCUGACAAUACGGAUUUAAGAUGUAAUUUGCCAUGUGAAUGAAUUUUAUUGCUGAAAUGUGAUACAAACAAUUCAAAAUGUGGAUUUUCUGUGAUGUUGAGAUUUCAAGAUUCAAUAAAAGUCCAUUAAACACUGAA